AUGACGCGGAAACCCAGCACAAGCUGGCGCAGGCCGCCCGCCGACCCCCUGCAGAACCCCUGGGAGGCGACCGACAUCGACGCCCUCGUCUCCGUCUCCCGCCACCACAAGCUCAACGUCUCCACGUCCGGGCCCCCUCGCACCCCGGGCUCACCGUUGGUUCUCUUCUUCUCGGGCGGCGGCACCCCCUGCGCGGCGUACGUCCGCUUCCGCCGCCAGCUGGCCUCCCACGUCCGCGUGCUGUUCCACGACCGCGCCGGCUACGGCUACUCGGAGCUGGGCCGCGGCGACAUCAGCGCCAGCAAGGGCAGCGAGGUCGUGCUGACGGCGCAGCAGGCCGCGCGCGAGCUGCACGAGCUGCUGCAGGUCCUCCGCAUCGCGCCGCCGUACGUCCUGGUCGGCCACUCGUACGGGUGCAUCUGCGCGCGGGCCUUCCUGGCCCUGCUGGGCCGGGAGCAGCAGCGCCGCGGCGCCGAGGACGACGGGCCCGCGGGCACCGUCGCCGGCAUGGUGCUCGUCGAGGCGGCCACGGAGCUCAUGUACGACCUGUUCGAGCCGUCCAUCCCGCCUCCCGUCUUCUUCGACGUCACGAGGGGCGUCGACUUUGGCGCCGUCACGCGCACGCGCGAGCGCUCCGGGCUCACGGAGCACGAGUGGGAGCACGUCGCCGCCAUGAUCCGGCGGACCGCCGCGGCGACCGACUACGAGGACUGCAGGGUGUCGGCCCGCAGGCUGCUGCGGGAGCAGCAGUUUGCCAACCAGGCGCUGGGGGACGUCCCGCUCGCCGUCGUGCGCGCCGACUUCUCGCAGGAGUUCAGGCUGAUGUUCGAGGCCGGCGAGGAGAUGGGCAACGGCUCCGAGGAGGACAGCCUGGAGUGCCGGGCGUUCCUGGGGAAGCUCAGGCUGCAUGAUGAUGAGCUGCGGGCGAGCCAGCUUCGUCUUUCGAGUGUGAACAAGUACAUCACGGCGUUGGAUCACGGGCAUAGCAUUCUUAUCACGGGCCCUGAGGUGGGCGUCGAGGCGGUGCUCUGGGUUCUGGAGCGAUGGUCUGAGAUGCAACCUUAA